AUGCUAACCUAUUGGGAGCGUCGUUUAAGGAGCAUCUGUUCUCGGUUCUAUAGAAGGCAUCCUAUAAAUUAUUGGCGGACCAGGAGUAAUUGUAGAAGUGAGACGAACGUCACGCGAAGGAAGUACAACCGAGGCAGAAUUGUGCGGAGAAAGGAGUGGCUAGUCGGAGGUGUCAAGAGAGGUAGUGGCCGGGCAUUUAUGGUUUUGGUGAGGCGCCGUGAUGCUGCCACCCUGACGAACAUUAUUCUCAAAUUCAUCCGACCAGGAACAACAAUAAUGUCCGAUUCAUGGAGAGCAUAUUCGCAGCUGUCUAGAUUGCCUGCAGGAUAUCGACACCUCACCGUAAAUCACAUGGUUAAUUUUGUCGAUCCUCAAACGGGUGCACACACCCAGAACAUCAAAUGGUUGUGGCAGAAGUUCAAGAUGGUGCCCAAGAAGAAGUAUGGUCUGUUUGCGAAGAGAUACACCGAUUACAUCAGGGAAUUCCUGUGGCGUCGCGAGUUUGGAGAGCCUGGAGAGAUCAUCUCUAACUUAUUCGAGCAUGUUCUGGAAAUUUAUCCGUGUUGA